AUGGAUAUCAAAGCACGAUUCGAAGUCUUGUCCAGAUCUGCAUAUCUGGACGUCCUUCUGCCAAAAGCGCCACAAUUCGAUGCCGCCGCAUUGAUACGAGCUGGCGCCGCAGAUGAACUAGCAAGAGCACCGGCAAGGCGUAACCUGUUCUUUGAUCUGGAGCUGGUAAUCGCAGCACACGCAACUGAUGCCGUUCCCCAAGGCAGCGGAAAUACGGCAUCGGCGUCUGGCAAGCAUGAUCUAAACUCUGGCACCAUCUCGGCCAGCGAGUUCACAGACAUCGUGGCUCUGGAAGACCAAACAUACGUGAUCUGGAAAUCGAAAUUGCACCUGCCACCUCCAAGAACCCGACUACAGAGACCUGCCAUCUAUUUCACAGCGAAUCUGGCAAUUGGUAGCUCUCGCCAGAAACCCCCGCCGGGGCCUACAGAUCCAUAUCUGCCCAGCUGUGAGCCUUUACCAUCGAACGUGCUCGAACCUCUGCGAUUCGACCCUGCGCUGCGCGGCUCCGAUGUGUUCCUUUCAGAAGCUCGCAUCACGAAAGUGGCGCCCAAAGCACCAAGUCUAGCAGACAUCGUUAGACCCAUCAGAGGAGCAACGAAACGAGCAUUUCCGGCGGUCCCUGCCAUCUUCACGCGAAUCAGAUAUUCCACAUUGCCAGAUGCAAUUGUUGCCAGCCUGCAUCUCGAAGCCUCGCAGCUCAUAGCUGGUACAGUCCGCAUCACCAAGACUGAGCUGGAAAUUCCUCAUGCGAAAGUGGAGGACUUGACAAACAUUUCGCUCCCGCUCGAGACUCGCGGCGGAGAUGAGACUAUAUUUCUCUUCAAACUGCUAUCCCUCGACACCAAGUCUUCAACAGCCGAGGAUCAUUCUCCAGUAUCGAUCUCAAUCAGAGCAUCCGCCUCCCUCGACCAAGGCUCCGAAAUCUCCUUUGAAAUAGACUGGCAAGCCCACGUUGACCUCUCCCAUACAUGGCAGAAGCCCUCGUAUCGCUGGAGCAAACCUUUGAACGCAUCGUCACACCACAAAUCAGUCUCAGUGCAAUCACUACCUAAAUCCUCUCUCGACGCCGGAAGCAGAACGAGUAACGAAGGCACAAGCGAGGGCGUCAUCUUUAAUUUCACCGGCCCGCCAGUCGUUCCUACGUCAACAGAGUUCAAGCUCAACGUCCAUUGCAAUAAUCGCUCCAACCGUCCUCGGCGCUUCGGACUUGUGAUGAUCCAGCCGAAGAAGUCGAGAGCGGUCAUGAGCUCAAUCACGCACACUUCAGCAGAGACUGACAUGAUCGCUAACAUCUUCAGAGCGCCGCCACUGGAGAAGAGCAAGCUUCCAGAUGUCUUGGACCUCAACCCGGAUGUCAGGAUUGGCCCUCUGCCGCCUGGGGCAUGCUUCGAAACGCACAUGACAUUCAAAGCUUUGAAGUCUGGGGUUUUAGAUUUGGGCACAUUGAGAAUCGUAGAUCUAGAUAGCAGGCAGACAGUAGAUGUAUGGGAGCUGCCGGACGUAAUUGCGAUGGCGAUAGAGUCAUAA